AUGGUUCGUAUCGAGCGAUUUAGGUCUACCUGGGGCGUUGAGCCGGGUGAAAAUUUUGAAGUCUGGAAGCCGUUGUUUGUGGAGUGGAAGAAACUCGGUUACGGUAAGUCAACAAUGCCUAAAGACUCUUCACCGACCUUGCGAUCUGCCAAAAGCGCGCUGACAAUUAUUCCCUCGAUUGAUCUUCAUAGAAUCUUCUCUGCGUGGCAUCGAUAUCGUGGGCCGCGACCGCGCAACCUCACGCCCGAUGUUCAUCUCGAGGGAUAUCAGGAGGAGCUUCGGCGAGCGCAAGUACUUGACCCAGUCAAGAUUAACGCGCAGUCGGGAGCAGACUUUUGGUCUUGGGAGCAGGCUGCUUACUUCUUCGAGAGGACGCUUCCGAUCGACAAGGAAUUGGGCUUUGAAGGGCGAAUUUGUCACGAAACGCAUCGCAACCGGGGGCUGUUCAACCCAUAUGUGACAGACUACGUGCUCCAGAGGGUGCCAGAGCUUCGCAUUACGGGAGACUUUUCACACUGGAUCGUUGGCUGUGAGAGACUGCUCGACGUCGCUGAAGAAGACCAGGAACUAUUGGACAGAGUCAUCCCUCAUGUGUAUCACAUCCAUACGCGCAUUGGCACGACACAGUCCACCCAGUGCCCAGAGCCACUGGAUCCGGCCUUUGCAGCUGAACGUGCUUUCUUCGAGAAGCUCUGGAUCCGAAUCGUCAAGUCGAGGGCGCAGAGAGACCCUGACAGCGUCAUAACAUUUGUUCCAGAAUAUGGACUCUUCCCCUAUCAUCCCUUCGGGUCGGUACGGACCAGUGCAGAUGUCGCCGACAGCGAGGGUCCGCGCCUGCAAAAGUUAUUUGAGAAUAGCCUUGGCGAAUGA